AAUGUUUCUGCGAGUAAAGGUCUUUCUGUUGGUUUCAAUAUACCAUGUUGUUGUCUUCGCUACCGGUUCUUCUUUUUUUUGAUUCAUAAUGAAAAACCAUUUCAAGCAGUAGUCGAAGAACAGGUGGAUGCUCUUUUGGAAUGGAAAUCAACCUUAAUAAAUGAUACUCACUCUCUCCUGCCUUCAUGGAAGAGAAAUUCUACAGAGAGUCCAUGCAAGUGGUAUGGAAUCACUUGUAACAAAGAGGGAAGCGUCGCGAAAUUAAACAUAACAGGUUUGGGUUUACAAGGUACGCUCCAUAAUUUCGACUUCUCAUCUUUGUCCUCCAGCUUUGAUAGUCUUGACUUGAGCCAGAACAAACUCUUCAGUUCCAUUCCAUCCCAAAUAUCUAAUCUUUCGAAGCUCACCCACCUUGAUCUUUCUGCAAACAAUUUUUCUGGACAUAUUCCGUUAGAAAUAGUCUCUCUCACAAGUCUGCGAUAUUUAGACCUUGGUGAAAAUCAAAUUAGUGGUUUCAUUCCUCAAAAAAUUGGCAAUUUAUAUUUUCUUACUGAUCUAGGACUGUACAGUAACAAUCUGACUGGUUCAAUACCUACUUCUGUAUGCAAUCUGACUAACUUGACCCGGUUAUCGAUUUAUAAAAAUCAAAUCUCGGGUGUAAUUCCUCAUGAUAUCGGAAGGCUAAGUUCUCUUACCCUCUUAAAUUUGGCUAGCAACGAUCUCAAUGGUUCGAUCCCCACUUCUUUGACCAAUUUGACAAGCUUAAACACUCUUUUCCUACAAGAUAACCAACUUUCCGGCAUCAUUCCUCAGGAUAUUGGAAGGCUAAGCUCUCUCAUCUAUUUGUUAGUUAAUGAAAAUCAACUUACUGGUACUAUCCCUCAAGAUAUCGGAAAGCUAAGAUCUUUAAGUUUCUUAUAUAUGUCCCUCAACAAACUCACUGGUCCAAUCCCUGCAUCAGUGGGUAAUUUGAGAAAUUUAUCCCACUUGGUUCUUUUUACAAAUCAAUUAAAUGGUUCAGUACCGAUGGAAAUCAACAAUCUCACACAGUUGAAAUUAUUGUAUUUAAGUGAUAAUAAUUUUUCUGGUUAUUUACCUCAAAAUGUAUGUCAAACUGGAAUACUUGAAGAAUUUAGUGCAGCUGAUAACUCUUUUACGGGUCCUAUACCAAGAAGCCUUAGAAAUUGCACCAGCCUUAGAGUUUUCGAGCUUGGAAAUAAUGAACUGGUAGAUAAUAUAACGGAGGCGUUUCACGUGUAUCCGUAUCUUACUUGGUUUAUGAUGAGUAACAAUAAGUUUUAUGGGGAACUCUCAAAACACUGGGGAGAUUGUCAAAAUUUGACAUUCUUAUUCUUCUCAGGCAACAAUAUCAGUGGUAGUAUACCCUCCGAAAUGGGAAAGUUGAAGAUUUUAGGACAACUUUAUCUUGAUUCAAAUAACUUAGUAGGAAAAAUUCCUGAGGAGUUGUUUGGGCUGUCAUCAUUGAUAGAGUUGGACUUGAGUAAGAAUAAGCUUUCCGGUAGGUUGUCUUCUGCAGUUGGAAUGUUAUCUAGCCUGCAAUCUCUCGAUCUAUCCACAAAUAAGCUCAUCGGUUCAAUACCAAGACAACUUGGGGAGUGUUCAAAGUUACUAUCCGUAAAUUUGAGCACAAACAGUUUUAAUGAAACGAUCCCACCCGAAAUAGGAAACUUGGAUUCGAUACAAAUUUUGUUAGAUCUUAGUUACAAUGAUUUGAGUGGAAAGAUACCAUCAACUCUCGGGAAACUAAGCAAACUAAUAAAACUCAAUUUAUCCCAUAACAAGCUUUCCGGCUCUAUUCCAUCUUCUUUCGAUCAAAUGCUCAGCUUGACCACUGUCGAUGUUUCUUACAAUGAACUGAGUGGUCCAGUUCCAAAUAUCAAGGCCUUUGAGAAUGCGUCAGUUGAUGCAUUGAAGAACAACAAAGGUUUCUGUGGGGAUAAAUCUAGAGGUUUUAAUCCAUGUAAUACCACGGCUGUUAUUGAAAGAAAUGAGAAAAAGGAUAAUAAACUUUUUCUCAUAAUUCUACUCCCUUUGUUCGCUUCGUUGUUUCUUUUAUUCAUACUUUGCGCCAUUUUGUUUCGCCUUCGAAAAAGAUCAGUAAGAAAUGCCGCAGGUAGUGAUCGAGCUACAACUACUAGAAGAAACUUAUUCUCGGUAUGGAAUUACGAUGGAAAAAUAGUGUUUGAAGAUAUAAUUGAAGCUACCGAGGAUUUUGAUACUAAAUAUUGCAUUGGAACGGGAGGAUAUGGGAGUGUUUAUAAAGCAGAACUGUCAACAGGUCAGGUUGUGGCUGUGAAGAAACUUCAUCCAUCAGAUGAAGAUUCCGAGGGAUUUGAGCUCAAGUCAUUUGAAAGUGAAGUUCAUGCACUGACAGAAAUCCGACACCGAAACAUUGUGAAACUUUUCGGUUACUAUUCUAAUCUCGAAACACGGAUCUCAUUUUUGGUUUAUGAGUUCGUGGAAAGAGGAAGUUUGAAAGAUGUUUUGUCAGAUGGAGCACAAGCUGCAGAGUUCGAUUGGAAAAAGAGGCUCAGGUUCAUCGCUGGAACAGCUAAUGCACUUGCUUACAUGCACCAUGAUUGCGUACCUGCAUUAAUUCAUAGGGACAUAUCUAGCAACAAUGUUUUGUUGGACUCUGAAUACGAAGCUCGAGUUUCCGAUUUUGGUACAUCGAGGAUUUUGAAGCCAGAUUCAUCCAAUUGGACUUCUCUCGCAGGAACAUACGGAUAUGUCGCUCCAGAGCUUGCCUAUACAAUGAGGGUGACCGAGAAGUGUGAUGUUUAUAGCUUUGGGGUGAUCAUACUAGAGGUACUAAUGGGAAAACACCCAUCUGAAAUCAUCACAUUGCUUUCGCAAAUUCUUCUUUCAUCGACGCCUUUGAGCGAUGUGGGGGAAAACAUAAGGCUAAGAGACAUUUUGGACCAAUGCAUUGAAGCACCAACAGGUGCUGUUCAAAAGGAAAUACUGCACAUUGUGAAGGUUGGAUUUUCAUGCUUACAGGAUGAUCCAUGCACUCGGCCUACUAUGCAAGAAGUAUCAGCAGAGCUACAAAUGUUAUCAGUUCAGAGCAGGGAAGAUUUAGCGAAGCCUUUUGAAAUGAUUACACUAAGAGAUAUGGUGUUGUCAUAAUAAUUCAUCUAACCAAGACAUCUUAUUUUCAUUUAAUUUGUUUCCUCUAAAUUAUAUUCAGUUAUGAAAACAAUCGUACUAAUCAAAGAAACACAAGUUCUUCAAGAACUGUUUUAA